AGCCAAGACGGGAUUUCUUUUCGUGCCAGAGCCAUUCAUUCAGCUGGUGUGCAUCGGCGCACGCUGCAUAUUCGCUGUCGCAACAGGAUAGACUACCGAUUCCGCGGCGAUGUAUCUCUGCCGAGCGGCCUGGCAAAAACUGGGGCCUUUGACACGGAAGUCAGUAACACAAUUGUCUAGAAAUGUGAUUCCCAUGCGAACCAUGUCCUCGGGCGUCCCCGGCGGCUCGGGGCAGAACAUUGUGUACUUUCUCCUCUGCGGAGGCUCUCUUGCUGCAGCCGUUACCUAUGCUUACAAGACUGUGACUAGUGACCAUGAGCGGUUCAAUGAUAGAGUAUCGGAGAUCAGAGCCAGGCCGAAGACGGAGUGGCAGCCCAAGCCAUGGCCACCCAAAGGUGAAGGAGAAGAGGAAGAAGAGGAGGCGGCUGAGGCGGAAGAAGCGGAAGAGGCAGCCGAAGUGGAAGAGGCAGCCGAGGUAGAAGAGGCUGCCGAGGCAGGAGAGGCGGCAGAGACGGAAGAGGCGGCCGAGGCGGUAGAGGCCGCCGAGGCACCCGAAGCCAGCGGGGAGGAGGCCGCCGUCGAAGAACCGGCAGCGGCGGAAGAGGCGGUUGAGGAAGCCGUCGCGGUCGAGGAGACCGCAGUGGCGGCUGAGCCUGCAGAAGUGGCCGCAGAGGCGGCCGCUACAGAGACCUCUGAGUCCGCCGGGGUGGCAGAGACUGUGGUGGAGGCCGUGGCUGAGGCAGUGGCCGAGACAGCCGAAGUAGUAGCCGAGGCGGCGGAGGAGGUCGCCGCUGCGGCGGAGGUGGUCGUCGAGGUGGCCAAGGAGGUAGCCGAGGUGGCAGAGGCCGUAGAGAAGACGGCUGAGGCGAUAGAGGCUGGGGGCGAGGCGGCAGUGGAGACAGUGGAGGCUGCCGAGGCGCCGGUGGCAGUGGAGGCUGCGGAGGCCGCCGAGGCACCAGCGGCAGUGGAGACAGUGGAGGCCGCCGAGGCACCAGCGGCAGUGGAGACAGUGGAGGCCGCCGAGGCACCAGCGGCAGUGGAGACAGUGGAGGCCGCCGAGGCACCAGCGGAGGUGGCGGUGGAGGCUGUUGAGGCACCGGCAGAGGUGGCGGUGGAGGCUGCGCCGGCCGAAGCCUCUCAGGAGCCCGCCGCAGAGGCAGAGCCUGCCCCGGCUGAGAGCAACGUGACAGACCUGCUCAGCCCCGUGACAGUGGCAGCGGUGGCACCGGCGGAGGCGGGCGAAAUCGCGGCUGCUUCUGUGACAGAGGAGGCUGUUGAAGUAGCGGAGGCCGCGCCCGCAGAAGUUGCAGUUGAGGAGCCGAAAGAGGUGCCAGCGGUGGCCGAACCAGAGGCGGCCCCAUCGGAAAGCGUGGCUCAGGAAGUCACUCCUGUUGCGGAGGCGCCCUCUGCUGUCGCGGAGGAAGAAAAGCCAGUCGAAGCUGCAGUGGUAGAGGAAGUUAUAACGCUGCCCCCUGUGGUGGAAGAAGAGAAGACAGCCGAAGCUGCAGCGGUAGAGGAAGUUGUAGCAGUGCCCCCAGUGGUAGAAGAAGUCGUUGCAGUGCCCCCAGUGGUAGAAGAAGUCGUUGCAGUGCCCCCAGUGGUAGAAGAAGUCAUUGCAGUGCCCCCAGUGGUAGAGGAAGUCAUUGCAGUGCCCCCAGUGGUGGAAGAAGAGAAGCCAGCUGAGGCAGCAGUGGUAGAGGCUGUAACGGAGACAGCCCCAGCAGCAGAGGUGCCUGCGGCAGUCGAAGUCGUAGAGGCUGCAGCGUCCUCUGCGGGGAGUGAAGUGGAGGGAACAGCGGAGGUUCAAGUCCCAGAGACUGAGACAAGUGCAGUCGUUGAGGUUGCAGAGAGCGCAGCGGUGGAGCCAGAAGCAAGUCCAGUCGUGGAGGUCGCUGCGACUACAGAAGCUGUGCCAGAAGUGGUGACCCCAUCUGAAGCACCAGUGCCCCCAGCAGUGGAGGAGGUCCCGGCGCCGGUGGCCGUAACUCCCUCUGCGGAGCCCAAACCGGCCCCUGCAAAGGAAUACAUAGUGGUCGUGCUGGAAGGUGCGCCAAAGGCAUCCGGAACAUCAAAGGUCUUGGCAAUGGGUCACAUGUCUGGAAGCAUCCCGGCUCCCCCUGACGAUGACGAGCCUGCUCCUGAACCAGAGGUAAAAGAAGAAGCGACGUCUCCUAAAACUUCAGAUGCUGUAGCUGCAGACGAAAGUAAGGAGUAGGAGCCAAGCGCUGAGAGAAGAAAGAGGAUGUGCCUUCCUGUCCGUCCCCCGCCGUCCCUGACACGUCUACCCCUAACCCCCACCCCACUCCUGCCCCUCCCACACACACACACAAUCCCCCCUCAGGACACAACAGUAGUUCCUUAUGCUGAGGAUAAUGCCUGCUUUAUGAAUCCACUCUCACUGACAUUAUGUCCACUCCGCUCAUCUCUCGCAAAGAUAAGGCCUCGCCCAGCACAGAACAGUCUCGGUUUGCUAUUGAUGCAACUGGGCUCUCAUUACAAAGCACAUCCAGAGCACCCUCAUUUGGACAGCAAAUUCUGAUGCAUAUGCCACUUACAAACUUAUAACACUUUCACACCGAUAGUAUUUUCUAUUUCUGACUUAACUGAACCUCUGAGUUUACUUGACUAUGUUUGCCCAUCUCUGUAUGGGUGAAUCACACUACUCCAGUGGAAAAGGUGAUAGUUGUUUACUACAAUUUACCUCUCAGUGUGUCCAUAUUUCUCGUCUGUUUUUCGAUCACCAUGUCAACAGGCCAAACAAAUGUGACAUUUUUAAAAUUGGAGCCAUAUUUCAAGUCUGGGUAUAAAAACACCUAUCCCAAAACAGUUAUGGCUGGUUUGAUAUACAAAAUAUGAUACAUAUUAUUGAGAAGAACUGGACCUAUCACUUCACUACCUCAGUUUUUGUAGCCGCUGAUCUUUCACAGAAUUUUCGAAUGCAACUGCAGUGCUGAAGCCACCAAAAUAUGUUCUAACGUGUUAAUCAAAAAUAUUUAUGUCAGACUAAGUUUUAGAGGCUUAUCUUUGUAAAAAAAAAAAAAAAAGAAGAGAAAAAAAAAACCACACACACACACACCUUGGUCCUCAUGUUUGUUCACUUCAUGAGGAUUUUCUCCCAAGUACUGGUUUGUGUACGCUUGGUCCUACCUCAUUCUAAGUGACGUUUGAAGUAUUUCAUAAGGCAGACAUUACUUUUAUACCUGUCAGAUUUCUCCUAGCUGAAGUUGAGCCUUGCAGUGUUUCACUCCUUGACUUUCUCUUGAUGUCCUUUUCCACAUCAGCAACAACCGCACAAUCUUGCUAGUUCCGCUGUAUUAAAAGGCACCUGGGGUGGUUCUCUUACAAAAUAAAACCCAGGGAAAGUGUGUGGCUGCAUGUACCAAGCAUUUAAAAAUAAGCCUUGCAAAAGCCACUUGCUUGGUGUGUCCAAGUAAACACUAACCCUGGUGUCAGUUUUCAGGUACGUGCUAAACUCAUGACUAAACUUAACGCUGAUUUCACAUUCCAGUCAGAUACACAUUAGGUAGUUAAAUGACAAUUAUACAAUAAACCACUGAUAAUAUUUCACAGAACAGCCCUAGGGACCCUUUGAAGAACAUUCACAGAGCUGAGGGGGAAACGAGCCUGCUAAAUAUUAUGAAUGUGAUUUUGUGAGAAGUAAUGGUAAGUGUUUGAAUGCAAGGCAAUGUUUGCCAGGUCUGUCUUGUCAUGUUGUUCUCCUGUGCCGUCAUACAGAAGGAUUCUAUGAAUAGGGAAUGAACUUGCUUCGUCAGUCCAUUGAAACUGUGUUUCGCUCUGUAACACCUAUAGGCUUCCAGUGAGUAUUCAAUAGAAACGAUCAUUUGAAACUAUGGCUAGUUUGCCGAAGCAUGAAUAAGAAUGCAUAAAGUAGAAAUGUGUUUCAUUACCACUUCAUGGGGAACAAAGGUAAACUAUCGAAGGAUAGGCUUGGUUGAUAAGUAUGAUGUAUUUCGUUUUUUCCUUCGAGAGUAUACAUAUUCGAAGAGCAACCCUUCCUUCUGUGAACCUUUUGCGAGGAAGAGAACUAUACAUACAAAUGGAGUAGGAUUGCUUGUACCUUCACACUAAUUUGUGUUCGAAGCUUCUUGUGGCCAGCGUUUGGUUUUCCCAAGUUACAAGGCAGACACAAGGGAUCUAGGAUAGUGCCGUGUUUCAUUCUGUAAUGUCACUCAUGGCAAAUGCCAUGAGGUGGCUGUAAGCUGUGAAUGUAGACACUUGUCUUUGGGAAAUAAAAAAG